UGGGCAAGGAUGAACUCAACGUAGCUACAUCAUUUAUUUAUUAUUUCAGCACCGAUAACCGUGGAAAGCCGGGGGGCGGUACAUUUACCGCAAGACGGUCGGACAGGUUUAGCAGCGCGUCCAUGUCGGUCAUCAUAGCCUCCAUUUUCUAGUUUUUCUUGAUCUUUUCUGUCUUUCUUUUUCUCCAGGCGGCUACUUUGUUUCCAGUUAGACAGUAAGUUAUUACGUUAGACUGGGGGGUUCGAGACAGAUUGUGUCCAGCUUUGUUCUCACCGCAUCAGCGCUAGAAAUUGAUUGCUCCAUCCGGUAGGUAGGCAGCCAGGCAUUCACAAAGCAGCCGUGGUCGUGGAGAAGCGCAGCUCGAACGGGACAGACCCAGCAAGAAGAACAAAAACCCACCGGAGACCACAGACAAACGGGCUUGCUAGUCCCUUUGACCUUCUUUGGCUUAGAUAGUCGGAAAUUCGCUGCACUUUAUCAGGACCCUGAACCGACUAACCGGGAAUAACGCGGAUGCAAACUUCAAGCGUGUGCAGGAAUCUCUGUUAAAUUUUCCUAGUCGAAGUCCGGCAGACCGAGAACCCAACCGUUUUAACCUCAGCAGACCUCCGACCGUCCGACUCUGACCGCAUCCUGCUAUUCUUCUUCGUCCCCCCUGUCCCUCGACCCUGGACCCCUCUCCCUCGCAAAACCCCGACUGCGGCAGAACCUGGCAUCCCAGGCCAUGUGCUCCCGGGUGUGGUUCGUAACAGACCGGCGCAUCAGCCAGGAAUACCCGCAGGUUCAGAUCCUGCGGGCUCUGAGACAGCGCUGCGCCGAGGAUGAUGUUGAGUUCCGCUCGCUGCUCAUGGAUCAGAUUGUGCUCACCAUCACCGGGGGGCAGCUAGGGCUGCGUGUGGACCAGGAGCUGGUGACGACCUACCCCCAGGUGGCCGUGGUGCGGGUCCCCACACCCUGGGUGCAGUCAGACAGUGACAUCACCGUGCUACGGCACCUGGAGAAGCUGGGCUGCCGGCUGCUGAACCGACCCCAAGCCAUCCUCAACUGCGUCAACAAAUUCUGGACCUUCCAGGAGCUGGCCGGCCAUGGGGUCCCUCUGCCGGACACCUUCUCAUAUGGGGGACACGAGAAUUUCCGCAAGAUGAUCGAUGAGGCGGAGCCGCUGGGCUAUCCCGUGGUGGUAAAAAACGCACGUGGACACCGAGGAAAGACUGUCUUCCUGGCACGGGACAAGCAUCACCUCUCAGACCUUAGCCACCUGAUCCGGCAUGACGCCCCCUACCUAUUCCAGGAGUAUGUGAAGGAGUCCCACGGCAAGGAUGUGCGGGUGAUCUUGGUGGGGGGGCGUGUAGUGGGAUCUAUGCUACGCUGCUCGACGGACGGCCGCAUGCAGAGCAACUGCUCCCUGGGUGGUGUCGGGAUGAUGUACCCGUUGAGCGAGCAGGGCAAGCAGCUGGCCAUCCAAGUGUCCAACAUCCUCGGCAUGGAUGUGUGCGGCAUCGACCUGCUGCAGCGCAACGACGGCUCCUUCGUGGUGUGCGAGGCCAACGCCAACGUGGGCUUCAUCGCCUUCGACCAGGUGUGCGGCAUGGACGUGGCAGGCAGCGUGGCCGAUUACGCCCUCUCGCUCCUGCCAGGCCGGCUGGGCCGCAAAGGCUCCCUGCUCUCAGUGGUGUCCAGCACCAGCGAGACAGGCAGCGAACCCGAGGCAUGUCCGCCAGCCAGCGCUGUGCCAGAAGUGGUCUGUGCCAUGAGUGUGGGCUCCACCUCCAGCGAGAGCGACCCAGAGCUGGCCCCGCCCCCUCACCCCACCCCCAAGCUCCCAGACGCCUCCUACAACUUCAGCGCUCUCCUUGCCAGUGAGAUCAAGCUAUUGACUAAAUGAGGCCUCCCAUCCUGCAUGGUGGUGCACGCACACAUCCAUAGAAACAUGAAAUACAACACGCACACACACACACACACACACACACACACACACAGACAUCAUGGUGUUCUUAUGUGUCGCGAAAUAAAAACACAGCUCUCUCUCCCCCCCCACCCCCAUUUACCCUAUACCCUAGAUGCUAAAAUAAGCAUGUUUAACCCGAAACAAAGUAAACAUUAUUUUCUCAACAUGCUACCUCCAGCAAAGUCUGAUGGGCUUCUCCCUUCAGC